CUGAGCUACACAUGUACAGCACAAAGAUGGGCUCCAAUGUGAAGAUUAAUGUAUUUGUGCUACUGACAAUCACACUAUACGGAGGUCUAUCUUUUGCUGUGUGGAAUCUACAUACCCAAACUGUGAGUCUAAAGUAUGAGAAUGCUAACCUACAGAACCAAAUCAAUAAAAAGCAAGAUAUUGUCGGAGCUAAUCCAAACCUCCACUCGAGUGAUGAAGCCACGGUGAUUGACACACUAAAGCGACUAACUCGACAAUCCGACUCCUCUCAAAGUGCUACUGAUCUACUUGCUGAUGCUCUGGCAGAACUAAUUGAAAAGAAACUCUACACUAUAAUGGACUGUACUAGAGAUUACGCUGAUAAAUUAACCAACUGUUCGCUCAAGCCAGGCCCAAAGGGAGACAAGGGAUGCCUGGGUGAUCAAGGUAAAGAAGGCCCUCAGGGAAUAAACGGAGAACCUGGGGUCAAAGGACACAUUGGCUACCCUGGUCAUAAAGGGGAGGUGGGUCCAAAGGGUCCAAUUGGCGAUCCCGGCCCAAUGGGGCACCGAGGGGUUAAAGGAGAUAUGGGUGAAAUCGGUCAACGAGGUGAGGCGGGGGUUAAAGGUGACGAAGGUAUGAAAGGAGAAUAUGGUUUCCCUGGACACAAAGGCGAGAGUGGCGGGCCGGGUGCCAAGGGGGUUAAAGGAGAUCGAGGCUUUGGAGGCAAUAAUGGACAAAAGGGAGAGAAAGGAAUGACGGGGGAACAAGGUUCACCGGGACCUAUUCCCACCACACAACCACCAACUACUGGAGCAGUGACUACACAACCACCAACUACUGGAGCAAUGACCACACAACCACCAACUGUUCCCUCUGAGAGGUGCGGUGGUCCUGGAUGGAGGAAGGUGGCAUUCAUUGAUAUGACUAAUACUAGCCAAAACUGCCCUCAAGGACUAACACUGACUGGCUACUCAAAACGAUCAUGUGGUCGAACACAUACAAAUAGUGACGAUUGUUCAUCAGUCACCUUUCCUGUUGGUGGGGGUCAAUACAGUCGAGUGUGUGGGAGAGCUAAGGCUUAUCACUAUGGGUACCUGUUGUCCUUUUAUGGGUAUAACCGUGACUCACGUGGUAACAAUGCACAGUACGUUGAUGGACUAAGCUUCACUCAUGGAACACCCAGGACACACAUUUGGACAUUUGCAGCUGGUUUAUAUCAAGCAAACAUUAGUAAUAUUGAUACUGUACGUAGAUACUAUAACUGUCCUUGUAACCCAGGCAACACCUACGGCUCCCCUCCUUUUGUUGGUAAUGACUAUUUCUGUGAGAGUGGCGCAAGCUCUCGUUCUGCAAUUGGACGUAACAUAUUUCACCCUGAUGAUCCACUCUGGGAUGGUCAGGGCUGUAUCCAUGGCAACCCGUGCUGUUCGUUGAACAAUCCACCGUGGUUUAACCAAACACUACCAACCCCCACAACUGAUGAUAUUGAAAUGAGACUAUGUAUGGUUCAAUUGGUAUCUAGUGGUAACAUAGCUCUUGAACAAAUGGAACUAUACGUCUACUGACGAACUAGAGACACUGAACAUUGAUCUGACUCUGUUAGCUACUGAAUAUUAGAUGUACAUAAUUAUGUACUUGUCAAGAUAAUUUAUUACCAUAUUAC